AUGUACAUCCCUAAGUCAGCCGCGGGUGAAAUCGCCGGCGCGCCUAAGUCCCCACCGCAAGGGGGCGGGCUAGCGGGCGCGCGCAUGAAUCCGCCGGCGCUGGCGCGCUGAGGCAGUCGCGCGCGUCUAAGUCCCCACCGCCGGGGGCGGGCUAGCAAGUGCGCGCAACGACCGAGGCGCCCCUGUCGAGCUGAGAGUGGACUCUUCACAACAACAACACCGUCAAGCGUUUUUCUCCCAUCCCGGACAUGACCAAUGUUCGAUACGAGGUGGCUCGAUCGCGUUAUCGCUCUAAAUUCGAUGUGGCCGCGGCAUUUGAGCAGGUUCGGGUCAUACCGGAGCACGUCGAUCGCACCGGCUUCGCAACGGUGACGGGCACGUACACGUCGUGUCAGGAGCACAGCCUGCACUGCCAUCAAUACUCGAAGGAAGUCUCCCAAGUUUGCGGCCGGAGUCGACAUCAGCUACCGGUUUGUUCGUUGCAAGCAUUGUCGGCGCGAUGGUGUAGUCGUGAGGGCGCGCGGGCGCGCACUCAGUGGUCGAGGGUUCGAUCCGCCCGGAGCGUGA